CCUACCCCUGUCUCCUGCACCCCAGGGUGCUCUGUGAUUAACCCUUUGGCAGCUGGAGGGGGUGAGUGCAGACUCGGAGUCUGGGAUUAGAAUGAGUUCCUGCUCCUCCCCGGUGCUGGAGGGUCACAGACCGAUCACUGCCGGGUGCCACACACAGCAUGGCAGAACCCAAGCAGAAGAGGCUGAAGGGCACCCUCCCCAUCUGCCCCCUGCACCCUAGAAAUACCGGCAGCGGGGUGAGGCAGAAUCUGCCCCCGGAGGUGGAGGGUGGUCUCUGCGGGGUCACCAAUGCCUUACUCCGGCUCUCCUACAACUUCCAAGCCCUGGCUGAAAUAUUUGACCAGGCCGAUGUGGCACUUCCUCGGGUCUCAAACUUUUUCCACAAACAAGCAAAACGGGAAGAAGAAGCAGCUGAAUAUUUGCUGAAACACAUGGCAGAACGAGGAGGCCAUUACUGCUCAAAAACUAUAGAGAAGCCAAACUGUGACCACGUCCGUGAUGUCAUGACAGCGUGUUACGUUGCGCUCGAUCAGUGGAAGACAACGUUGGGUUAUUUCGAGGAGCUGUACCAUUUAAGCGUUGACUGCUCGGAUCCUCACAGCGCUGGCGUUAUCAAGAAGUAUUUCGUUGAACCCAAGAUAAGGAAAGUCAAACUGACGGGAGAUAUUCUCACCAACGCGCGGAGACUCAGCUGCACCCACAAUGGCCAAAGCAGUUUUGGGGAGUACCUUAUUGACAAGUUGCAGGAGGAACUGAAUGAAUGACCCCUCGGGGUGAUGAUAAAGGGCCCAAACCCAAACAUGGUUUAUUGAUCUACGUCUGUUUAGGAUGGGCCGGAUUAGGUCUUUUAGUGUCAUCGAUAUAUAUAUAUAUUAGUAUGGGAAUAGCGGAAUGAAAUGCUUUGUUCCGUAGCAACUAAAUAGAACACUCGUAAAUAAAGAUUGUAUUGCGCAAGAAGAAACAAGCCAGAACCUGAUCCAAAACAAAGCCAAUAAAUACGACUCAAUCAGUUUUAUAGAACAUUAAGGAAAGAAAUUGUUAAAAUAAAGUUGCUGGAAGUUUUUUUUUUAAGGCAGUUUUGGUGUAUGUUUCCCCUUUGUAAUAAUAUCGGUUACUUUUGUAACACCGCUAUUAUAAUGUCUUUUAUAGUCUUUUAUGGAUAGGAUUUUUAUAGACCGGGAUUUUUUCACCCCCUCUGUACACAUUAAGCCGCAAUAAAACAUCAUUUUAACACA